CGCGGCCGUAUGCCCGCUCGCUAUACAUAGUUAGCAUCUAUGUCGAUCUUUUCAACAGUGUAUAAUCUAUGUUCCGGGCGCUUCCGUUUUGAGUGUGAAUAGCGUGCGCCCGCGUCUAAAUGUAUUUAUUGUUUAAAAUUGAAAAUUGUUUGUGAUAAAGGAAGAUUAAAAUUCGAAAUUCGAUAUUGGUGACUAACCCAUAGUUUUAAAUACCCCUGAGAUCUACCCCUCACUAUAUCUGGCUGCCCAACGUUUCCUAAUUUUUUUCUUGCUUGGACUAACAAAAUGGCGCGCACGCUUUUGUGAAAAAUUUGCUAACUAUUGUAUGCUGUUGGUGCUUAAUUGUAAAGAAUGCCUUUAACUAGAAAUCAAGAUCGCCAGCAACGUCGCGAAGACGACGUUAUUCCUGCUGCAGAUGCAAAUGCCAACGAAAAUCACGAGGAGCAUGAUAGCCCCCAUGAUCGCCCCCACGCCGAAUCACGUAGCAACAAUUCUACGUUCAACUUGGAUGAUGUUUCAGCGUUGAUGGCCUCGCUGCAACGUUCGCAGGCCGAAACAUUUAAGAACAUUAUGUCGUACGUGAUGGAACAAAGAUCGUCGACUCCGGCACCUCCGCCGAUGCCCCCAGUGAACGUAGAUGGUACCUUGGCGCGUUGCAGAGCUUCUUUCAGCGGUGCACCUGGUGAAUCUGUUGAGGCCUUUAUAGAUGCAAUUGAAAGUUAUACAGAAUGCGUUCAAGUAUCUGACGCUAACAUCAUACGAGGCCUAGCCAUGCUUUUGUCUGCUGACGCAGCUACGUGGUGGCUAGGAUUAAAGCAUCACAUCUCCACUUGGAACGAAGCCAAAGAAAAUUUAAUAUAUGCAUAUGGCACCCGCCUUCCACCACAUAGAAUAUAUUUGGAAAUAUUUGCUUCCCCGCAGGAUAACGAAAACACAGACAAGUUUGUUGCUCGUAUUCGUGCGCUUAUGGCAAAGCUACCGCGGGAUGAUAUUACUGAAAAAGUACAACUUGAUAUGAUAUACGGGUUGCUUCAUAAUAGAAUACGCACAAGAUUGCGCCGUGAAGAAAUCACAUCUUUCAAUUCAUUAUUAAACCAUGCUCGGAAUAUAGAAGAUUCGAUAGAGGAGACUCAAUCGAGACCAGUGUCGUCCACUAGUGGUGUGCGUUCGAUCCGUGCCCAGCCGGCCCCGGCUGCGAGUCGGCCUGAACCGUGCGCCGCUCGUGCGAGUGCGCCGGCGCCGCGCGCGCGCUUUCCAAACUCCGCCGCGGCCGUCGUGCCCGCCACCGCUGUGCCUGUCGCUGUCGCCCAGCCUAGCGUUGCCACGCCUGCCGCUGCUGUGCCAGGUUCUGCAGAGCAAUUCGUGACCACGAAGAAACAGCGUCCAGUGUGCUCCUACUGCAAACGGUUUGGACAUGCACGGGAACAGUGCCGUAAGUUAAACAACCGAGGUGAGCAAAGUCAAUCUAACUUUUCCGAGGGUGUGCAAAAUGACAAUAAUGCGUUUUAUAGUGUUCAGUGUAAUGUUAAUAAUACUAACACAAUUAGUUCUAAUUUACCUGUUCAGAAUGCAAUGUAUGAUGUUAAGCAGCAUGACAAAAAUAAUUUUCUGAGUAAUUUUGAAUGUCAAAAUUUUUGUAACCGGGAUGCAAAUAUUAAUUAUGCUACCAUUAACAGAGGCCCUACUUCCAGAAAAUCUUAUUUUCAUGCCUGUAAUGAUUCUGUGUCAAAGAAUAUUAACUGUAAUUGCACUAGUAAUAAUGAGAUGCCAACCUUUUGUGAUUCUCAUGUUUUAUAUAAUCAGGAUGUUCGGACAAAGUGUAAAAAUUUAAAUAUUUGUUAUAACCAGGGAACUAGACCUAAAUGUAAGAACUCAAUUUUACCUUAUAAUCAAAUAAUUGAACCAAAUUGUAAUAAUUUAAAAUUUUCAACUAACCAUGACUGUGACACAAAAGGCAGUAAGUGUAAUUUUGGAAAAAUUAACGAAUGUGUGGAAAUUGAUAAUUGUUUGAAUUUUAAUUAUUGUACAUGUGAGGGAAGUGUUGUAGCGUCCGUGUACGACCGUGAGAGUGAUGAUAGGUAUUUGCAUUUACGACCUAUUUUCAAAAUCCAAGUUCUCGGUAAACAGGGUACUGCACUUAUAGAUACAGCAGCUAAGCAUUGUAUUGCUGGUCACACGCUGUAUGCUCUCCUUCUGCAUAAAGGUCACCCUCUUACUCCCUCCACUAGGCGAGUCAAACUUGCUGAUGGGCAUGUUCGGAAUAUGGAUGUAUUGACAACCAUAUUACCAGUGAGGUUAGAACACAUAGUGAUCAAUAUUCCAUUUAUAAUCUUCCCUGAUUCUAAUGAUAAUGAAACUUUACUGGGUAUUGAUUUUAUUAAUGCUGCCAAAGUUAUUAUUGAUUUUCAUCGUCAUGAAUGGUAUUUUAGUACUGAUGCUAAGGUGCAUUAUAAAUUACUUUUUGAACCUAUGUCUCGUGGUGUGUGCAUAGCUUCUGCUAACAUGCUUCGGGAUGAUGAAGGCAUGCACUUGCAAUCAGCUGAGCGCCAAGCAUUGUCUGAGUUCCUUAUUCGGCAUGAAAGUAUUUUUACAGCAGGGGGAGGUCCGACACCAUUCAUAGAACAUUGCAUAGCCUCUACUAACAUGCUUCGGGAUGAUGAAGGCAUGCACUUGCAAUCAGCUGAGCGCCAAGCAUUAUCUGAGUUCCUUAUUCGGCAUGAAAGUAUUUUUACAGCAGGGGGAGGUCCGACACCAUUCAUAGAACAUUGCAUAGACACUGGAGAUCACCCCCCGAUAGCUGUGCCGCCCUAUCGCCUUAACCCUUCCAAGAAGGAGACGAUGAAGAAUGAAAUAGAGAAGAUGCUGGCAGAUGACAUCAUUGAAGAGUGCGAAUCCGCCUGGUGCUCUCCUGCAUUGAUGAUACCGAAGUCCAAUGGUAAUGUAAGAUUCUGCGUGGAUUACAGGCGCUUAAAUGAAGUAACCAAAUCGGAUACUUACCCACUCCCACGCAUUGAUGAUCUUCUCCAGAGUACGAAGAAGAAUUGUUACAUGACCACAAUAGACCUUCGUUCUUCAUAUUGGCAAGUUAUGGUCCGAGAAGCAGACAGAGACAAAACAGCUUUUGUCUGCCCCCUAGGCACUUACCGUUUUAAAAGAAUGCCGUUCGGCUUGAAGAAUGCGCCGGCGACUUUCCAAAGGCUUAUUGAUCGUCUACGCUCCUGUGCUGCUUUGAAGGAUGUUACAGUACUUGCUUAUCUAGACGAUUUGUUAAUUAUUUCAGAAGGAUUCCAGCAACACCUACAAGACCUGGAAGCUGUUUUUAGACGUCUGUCUGAAUUUAAACUUCACGUAAACAGAGAGAAGUGCACUUUUGCCAAAGAAAGGGUCCGUUAUCUGGGCCACGUCAUCACUCCAGACGGUGUGUCUCCUGACCCUGAGAAGGUCAGUGCUGUCCUUAAUAUGCUGGAACCAUCUAACCUAAAACAUUUAAGAACUUUUCUCCAAACAUGCUCUUGGUUCAGGAAGUUUAUUCCAAACUUUUCAAAGAUAGCAGAACCGCUUACUCGACUGACCAAGAAGAAUUACACAUGGAUCUGGGGACCUGAACAAACACAGGCAUUCAAAGAAUUGAAGCGUCUGCUGACCACGGCGCCCGUACUUGUUCAAGCGAAUUUUAAACAACCCUUAGUACUGCGUACCGACGCGAGCAACUAUGCACUUGGCGCAGUUUUAGCUCAAGGGGAAGGCAAGGACGAAAGGCCUAUCGAGUAUGCUAGCCGCCUACUCACCGCAGCGGAGCGCAACUACUCUACUACAGAACGGGAAGCGCUUGCUGUAGUCUGGGCCGUGGAGCGUUUCAGGCCAUACCUCGACGGCCAACCAAUUAUUAUAGGCAGUGACCACCAACCCUUGCGUUGGUUGCUUUCUUUAAAGUCUCCUGCUGGUAGGUUGGUCCGUUGGGCGCUUAAACUCCAAGAAUUUGACAUCAGAUUCGAGUACACCCCAGGAAAAGCUAACGUUGUCGCUGACACGUUAAGUAGACCGAUCUGUUCCAACGAAACACAAAAUAACUGCGGCAUCUGUUCUGUCAUUUGCGACCUGCCCACCAAGUCACCUACCCAGUUACGUCAAGACCAGUUGACUGAUCCGGAAAUACAGAAGAUCGUCACAGAACUGGAAGGAGUGGAUGAACUUGCUGCUAAAAGAUGGUCAGAAAGAGGAUUUCUAAUGGAACAAGGUGUUUUAUAUCGACUUAAUCCGGAUUCUGAUGCCGAGGCCCCACAAUUAGUCAUUCCUGCCCAUCAAGUGACCGACAUUCUCAAAGAGCUUCACGAUGCCCCUACCGCUGGACAUGCAGGAAUUGACCGGACUUACCAACGAGUCUCACGUCUGUUCUACUUCACAGGAAUAAGAAGAAUCAUAACCGACUAUGUAAAGGCAUGUAUCCAUUGUCAACGCUAUAAGGCUGCUAAUACCAAGCCUCCAGGUCUAUUGCAGACGCCGGUGAUGAACCAGCGCAACGAGGUCUUGGCAGUUGAUCUUUUCGGCCCGUUGCCACCUGGAAAACAGGGGGAGCGUUGGAUCUUGCUUAUAGAAGAUACUGCUACGAGGUGGACAGAACUUUUCCCAUUGAAGGAAGCUACUGCUGAGGCGUGUGCACAUGUCCUCAUAGAGGAGUAUUUUAUGAGGUUCGGUCUUCCACGCCGACUAGUUUCUGAUAAUGGCGUACAAUUUAUUUCGGCAGUCAUGCGGCAAUGCAUGUCCAUCCUGGGGAUAAAGCAAAACCUUAUCCCUCUCUAUCACCCAGAAGCAAACCCCGCCGAACGUAAAAACAGAGAUCUUAAGACUUUAUUAGCACAACUCGUGGAAUGUGACCACACUUCCUGGCCAAACAUGUUACCAGUGAUUCGAUUCGCUCUUAAUAACGCUAAAUGUCGCACCACAGGUAUGUCACCUGCUUACUUGUCAUUUGGCAGAGAGAUGAGGUCCCCCACAGAAGUCACCCAUGACCUUCGUGCUGUUCUAGACAAAGAUAACUUUGUUCCCCAAAUAACUCCCUAUCUCAGGAAAUUUGUUAACUCCUUUUCAGCGGUGCGCGAACGUGUAGAGACGCUUCAAGAUAAAGCUAAAGGGUAUGCUGAUCGUUCGAGACGGCCCAUUGAAACAUUCAACGAAGGUGACAUGGUUCUCAUCAAAUCACACGUCCUCAGUAAGAGCGCUAAAGGCCUUACUUCUAAGUUUGUUCCAAAACGCGAUGGUCCGUAUCGCAUCGUUAAAAAGGUCAGCCCUACUACUUACCACGUCGCGCAUGUUGACAAACCUGAUGAAGUUUUAGGGAAAUAUCAUGUGAACGAUCUCACUCUAUACCGUGAGAAUCAGAGUGAUGCUCUUCCGCGGCCGGUGAUGCCUAAAAAGAAACGUGGUCGUCCCCCAAAUAAUGUUAAAACAGAUUCUCGAGUUCCAGGGCAUAUGACGACACGGCAUGCUGAACCAUGUGCUGAAGCUCCACGUCUUUCUCCCGCAGCUGGUGGUAUGGUUGGUCUUGCGCCUGUCCCUCAGCCCAGUAGUAAUGAGAUGCUAGUCCAGGAGCGAGGGCGUCCUCCAGGACUAGAGGGGGAGUAUGUAGCAAACCGACCGGUACGUCACUCUCGCGGCCGUAUGCCCGCUCGCUAUACAUAGUUAGCAUCUAUGUCGAUCUUUUCAACAGUGUAUAAUCUAUGUUCCGGGCGCUUCCGUUUUGAGUGUGAAUAGCGUGCGCCCGCGUCUAAAUGUAUUUAUUGUUUAAAAUUGAAAAUUGUUUGUGAUAAAGGAAGAUUAAAAUUCGAAAUUCGAUAUUGCUGGGAGCUUAAGGAGCUUUUCCAGUUACGCGCGGACUGGUAGAUGAGCUCACGAGCUCAAUCUAACAGUAUUUGCUAACAACAGCCCUAGCAAGAGCAGAAUCUACCGCCGGAUCAAAAUCGCGACCCACUGAGAAGAUCCGGCCAGAAACUUAGUGGGCUAAUAAAACAUCCUGCGUCUACUGAUGGUAGACCCAUCCCUAGGCAUUUCACCGUGAAGCAUCGCGUUCUAGUUUAAUAUAUAGAGUCCCCUACUCUUUACCUAUGAUUGAGACUGAUUUGUGUUGAUAUUAGGGGAAGCAAUUACAGUUACAAUUACGUUUACAGAAUUCUGAAGCCUCUUAACAGAAAGUGUGCACCGACCUCGCCUUCUCAUCCACCUAAACCAUCCUAGACUAAGUACAGUAAAAAUGUUUAUGUUAACUAUAAAAAUCAUUUUACAAUAGCAUCCAUCAAAAUCCCUCUCCGGUACGGUCAUAUUGAUUGUCAACCGUAUUUAUCAAUUAAGGAAGUUCAUGUUUUGUGAAUACCUACGUAAUCUGAAGCGAAGCCACCGGUCAUGUCACGAAAAUCAUUGGCCGCUCACAAAAUGGAUUCUUAUUUGCAUUACAUUGGAUACUAAAACUAUUCAAUAAUAUUUAUUCAAUAUGUUUUGUAUAAAGAAUCGUAGAUGAGAUCGGAUGUAGUGCGACCGACAAACAUUAUUAUUACUAUAAAGUAAUUCAGUAAACUAAACUAAUAUAAAGUAUUCAGUUUUUGUGAGUAGUAAAAUUAUAAUUAAAACUUAUUUUACGGUUCAAUCUCGCGUGUUUUAUUGUCAACAUAAUAAAUAUUAUCAUCGACGUAUCGAUGACGACGUCAUCCGUGACCACAAUAAAUGUAAAGUAUUCGAAGCGUCGGAAACAAUAAUAUGACAAUGAAAAACGCGAGAUUAAGUGGUAAAUUAAUUUUAAUUACGGUAUUACUUUUGUUUGUCAAUCGCUAUGAAAAUGAUCCCAAAAGUGGUGGCACUGUUUGUUGCUUGGCGCAAUUCAAAGAGAUUGAUACAAACUAUUGCGUCAGUUGCUUUUUGGCCAAGUUCGGUCGUCAAGCUUGGAACCCAUAAUGUAAUAAUUUGUCAAAUCAUUAAAACUUAUCAUAUCAACAUAAGUACAACAUAAGUAUUGUCGAUAACUCCAUUCUCACGGAUCGCUUGGAGCCUCUGGGUCUGCGGAGGGACUUCGGGUCCCUCUGUAUUUUGUACCGCAUGUUCCAUGGGGAGUGCUCUGAGGAAUUGUUCGAGAUGAUACCAACGUCUCGUUUUUACCAUCGCACCGCCCGCCACCGGAGUAGAGUUCAUCCAUACUACCUUGAGCCACUGCAGUCAUCCACAGUGCGUUUCCAGAGGUCUUUUUUGCCACGUACCAUCCGGCUAUGGAAUGAGCUCCCCUCCACGGUGUUUCCCGAACGCUAUGACAUGUCCUUCUUCAAACGAGGCUUGUGGAGAGUAUUAAGCAGUAGGCAGCGGCUUGGCUCUGCUCCUGGCAUUGCUGAAGUCCAUGGGCGACGGUAACCACUUACCAUCAGGUGGGCCGUACGCUCGUCUGCCUACAAAGGCAAUAAAAAAAAAAUCCUUUUUUGCGCUGUUCCAGCCGACGACUGAUUUUUUUUCGAACAAGUGUUAGGAUUUUGACCUUAAAAUAAUAUGUUUAAUGGUACAAAAGUCAUGUAAUUAUAUUGAAUUAAUAUUAAUUUAACAAAAAAAAAUCUAUAGGUAAGUACAUGUGACAAGUGAUAGCGUGGCAAGUACGUGUUGACUCUCAAACUCACAAUGUCAUAUUAAAGACGCAUGUGAUAAGGUCAGCCACGUGCGCGGAACAUUUAGUGUAAACAGUAAUUAAUAAAAAGAAAAUAAAAAAAUGUUAGUUAAUAAAUGUA